CAGCCAUGAUUUUCCACCAUUUGGCAUGUAUAUCGUCAAAUCACAGAGGCACAGACGCAUCUCCUAGCCUGGUAGGGAUCCUGUCCUCGCGCCGGCAAAUCAUGCUGAAACUGCCGGUUCAUGGGGUUUAAUCUAAACAAUAAUCCCACCACGGAAAUUCACGCCGCGAGUUUAGGAACUACAUCCGUCGCUCCCCAGCAGUAUUUAAGGCCAACACCCAAGCCUUUUGUCCAAGAAAAGCCAAGUCGACUAAGGACGGGCAAUCGAAAGCUUGGUUUUUCUUGUUGUCACUCACGUUGUCUCUUGCGACCAUGCUCGUCAACUCAGCCGUUCUCCUUUCGCUGGCCCUCGGGGCCAUCACCGUCAACGCCAACCCGGCCCCUGAGCCCCCUGCGAUCACCGCAGCGCCCAAGGUGGGCGAUUUGGAGAAACGGGCGACCACCUGCACGUUCUCGGGCUCCAACGGCGCUUCCUCGGCGAGCAAGUCGAAGACCUCCUGCUCGACCAUCAUCCUCUCCAGCGUGGCCGUCCCAUCCGGCACGACCCUGGACCUGACUGACCUGAACGAGGGAACCCACGUCAUCUUCGAAGGCGAAACCACCUUCGGCUACGAAGAAUGGGCCGGCCCGCUGGUCUCCGUCUCCGGCACGGACAUCACCGUGACCGGGGCCAGCGGGGCGUACCUCAACGGCGACGGCAGCCGCUGGUGGGACGACGAGGGCUCGAACGGGGGCAAGACCAAGCCCAAGUUCUUCUAUGCGCACGAUCUGACCGACUCGGUCAUCAGCGGCAUCUACAUCCAGAACUCCCCGGUGCAGGUGUUCAGCGUCGACAACUCCAACUACCUGACCCUGGAGGACAUCACCAUCGACAACACGGACGGUGACGAUGACGGCGCCGCGAACACGGACGGGUUCGAUAUCGGCGACAGCACCUACAUCACCAUCACCGGCGCGAACGUGUACAACCAGGAUGACUGCGUCGCGAUCAACUCGGGCGAGAACAUCUAUUUCUCCGGCGGCGUCUGCUCCGGCGGCCACGGCUUGUCCAUCGGCUCCGUCGGCGGCCGCAGCGACAACACCGUCAAGAACGUGACCUUCUACAACUCGGAGAUCAAGAACUCGCAGAACGGCGUCCGCAUCAAAACCAUCUACGGCGACACCGGCUCCGUCUCCGAGGUGACCUACCAGGAGAUCACGCUCUCCGAGAUCACCGAGUACGGGAUCAUCGUGGAGCAGAACUACGACGACACCUCGGAGGCGGCCACCACCGGCGUUCCGAUCACGGAUUUCGUCCUCGAUGGCGUGCAGGGCACCGUCGAGAGCACGGGCACUGAUAUUUAUAUUGUGUGCGGCUCGGGCAGUUGCUCCGACUGGACGUGGACGGAUGUGAGUGUCUCCGGUGGGAAGACGAGUUCGUCGUGCACGAAUGUGCCGAGUGGGAUAAGUUGUUAG